UUUGUUUUUGAGCUCAGCUCAGUUCAGUGUUUAAACCUAAAUCGAAACGUUCAAGCUGAUGGAAUUUCUCCGUUUACUGCUGCUGCUUGUCGGCUGGUUGGCCUUGUUAUGGCGUCACAAUGUGCAUGGAUUACCGGCUGCACCCACACUGCCCGAAGUGCUAAACAAUAACGAGGAGGGCAAGGAUAUUGUGCGCUAUGCCAAAUCAGCUGAAAUACGCAAUUAUUUGAAACCCUCGGAAAAGCCUUGCGAUAAUUUCUAUGACUUUACGUGUGGCAACUACUAUCGCAUCAAUCCACCGAAUAUGCUGCCCUAUCAAUCGAACACUUUUCAAACCAUAUCUGGCUCGUUGGGACGUAAAAUUGCCACACUUUUGAAGACAGAUGAUGCCGCAGACACUGUGAUUGAUAAGAAAGUCAAACGCUUCUUUGAAUCAUGUCUCAAAACGGAAGCUCUCAAGCCCCAUUAUGCGGCAAAAUUGAAGGCAAUCAUUGGGGAAUUUGGUCAAAUGCCAGUGCUAGAGGGCGAUAGGUGGCGCGAAACUGAUUUCGAUUGGCUAAAGACAGUGGCUAGCAUUGCCUACAAAUAUGACAUACGCAUCAUAGUGGGCCACACCAACCAGGUGGAUAUAUCCAACAACACAGUGAAUCGCAUGCAUAUCCUUAUGCAGGACAUGCCGUUAGAGUCCACAGCCAUAUAUGUGGAGGAUGUGCACGCGUCUUUCCGGGAGGCGCGACAAAAGGUUAUGGCUGUCACUUUGCAAAAUGCCUUGGGUGUCAACUCCAAAUUGGCCAAGCAGACGGCACAGGAAAUUUUCAAAUUCGAAACGGAUUUAUUUGCAGGUUUCUCCAACGAUGAAGAUGGGGAAACGGAGGAGGAGGAGGAGGAAGAAAAAAAUGCCAUAAAAAACAAAGCUGGUGAAGCUUUGGAUGACGACGAUGAUCAAAAUGAGGUCGCUCACUCUGACUUGGGCGAUUUAAAGCCAAAUCUUACCACCAUUGAGGAAAUGCAGAGCAAAUAUUUUCCCAAAUUGGAUGUUAAACGUAUGCUAAACAUUUCACUGGGUUAUGUACCCAAGGACCCCGUCUAUGAUUUGAUAGAGGAUGAGGUAGACAAUUUGGAAACUGUUUUACGGGAGACUCCCCUGCGAACAGUGGCCAAUUAUAUCUUCUACUAUCUCAUUGACAGCUUUUUGAUACCGGUGCCCAAACAAAAACACGAACUUGAGACUAUGUGUAUACGCCGAACCAAGUCACACUUUGCCAAGGUGCUGGACAGCAUGGUCUAUCGCAAAUAUGCCACCGACAAGACGGAGCAGGAUGUCAACUACAUGUGGCAGACCAUAAGAUCUACCUUCCGCAAUAUGCUGGAAUCGGAUAAACUCACCUGGAUGAGGAGGGAGACUCGCAAUUAUGCUCUGGAGAAAUUGAAGACCAUACGCCUGGAAAUCAAUUCGUAUAAGGGGGAAAAUUUCAGCGAAGAAUUUAACCCCUUGACCAUAGGCAGCCAGGAUUACAUAGAAAAUCUCAAGUCGUUGCAACAUUUAAGAGCCCUCAAGUCAAGGACCAAAUUGAGGGAAGCUCCCAAAACUUACGAUGACGCAGAGUCAUUGUCGUACACACCCGUCUACAUCACCACAGAGAAUUUAAUUAAGGUGCCUGUUUCAGUGCUGCAACCGUUUUUCCUAUGGUCCGACCACUACCCAAAUGCCUUGAAAUUUGGCACUCUAGGCUUUUUGGUAUCCCAUGAGUUGAUACAUGGCUUCGAUGAGGAAGGUCGCACCUAUGACACCAGAGGCAACAAACAUGAAUGGUGGGACGCCGACUCGAAUAGCUAUUUUGGCAAUCAAACCGAAUGUUUUGCCCAUCAAUAUGGCAAUUUCAUCUUCAAUGGCCGCAAAUUGCCUGAAUUAUCUUCACAAUCGGAAAAUAUAGCCGACAAUGGUGGCAUACGUUUGGCCUAUGAUGCCUAUUUGAAUUGGUAUGAGGAUGCGGCACGCAGCUUUCAGAAUAUGAAUUUGGAAUCUUUGCCUCGCCUCAACUAUACCAGCAAGCAGUUGUUCUUCAUCAGCUAUGGCCAAUUGUGGUGUAGUGCCACUCAUCCUGCCCUACAGGAUUAUGUCUCGUCGACUGAUCAACAUGUGCCGGAGAAAUUCCGUGUGCUUGGUCCUUUGAAGAAUCUAGAGGAAUUUUCCAAAGAAUUCAAUUGUCCUGUGGGUAGUCCCAUGAAUCCCACCAAAAAGUGCAUUAUCUAUUAAUGGAAAAAAAAUUAGCCUAUAAGAAUAAUCUUUAGAGUAGUACCAUAGAUCAGGAAAUGUCAAGACUUAGAAGAAAAUGUUAUUGAAAAAAAAAAAAAAAAAUAUUUGCAUUUAAGCAAACAAAUAAUAAAAUUUUUUUAACUUUA